AGGCUGGCACUGGUGGUUUCGUGGCGAGAUCGAACCGUGACCGGUGCUCAGUUCUGGCAUAGCGUGCUCCGAGAUCGCAGGUGAACGGUGAAAGUGGUGCGAUUUGGCUGUAGUUUGGUGUGGUUGGCGUAGUAUUCAGUGUUUUUUUUUGUUUCUGGUGAGUUUUGUGACGUCCACCAGGAGGUUGCAUACGUGUUCGAAAGGCGGAGGAGAGUUUGUGACCAUUGGAGUUCAGUCGCCGGACAAACGCAUCGGGACGACCGCGUCGCGUCACACGCCAGCAGGUGAUCGAUUCCCAACUACCGCAACAGGCUUAGACAAUGAUGCCUGGACAGGAGGAGAAUGGACGGAUUCCGGCCGGGCCGACGGGCCGCAUUCUGCCCGCCGACAGCUACACCUCGACCGAUCCGGCCGUCCCGGUGAAGCUGCGCAUCGCCAAGGAAGGGUUGGCCUCGCUCGACCCCCUGUCCGUGCCGGACCUGAUGAACCGUACCGUGCGCGACCAUCCCGACCAUCCGGCGAUGGUGUUCCGGAACGCGCAGAAACAGUGGCAAACCGUGACGUAUCGCGAGUACCGCGAACGGGUCCACCAUAUGGCGAAGGUGUUUAUCAAGCUCGGGCUGGAGCCGCACCACACCGUGGCGGUGCUGGCGUUCAACAGCCCGGAAUGGUUCGUGUCCGAACUGUCGGCCAUUCACGCCGGAGGUAUCAUCACCGGCGUGUACACGACCAACUCGGCCGAAUCGGUACAGCACGUGCUGGAAAGCUCUCGGGCCCAGAUCGUCGUGGUGGACGAUGCGAAGCAAAUGGAGAAAAUCUGCUCCAUUCGUCAGAACCUGCCGCACCUGAAAACCGUCAUUCAAACGAUGCCACCGUACGCACCGUACGUCAAGCGGGACGAUGGCUUCUAUCGUUGGUCGGAGCUGGAAGAAAUGAACGUUGAUGAUGUGGAGGAAGAGUUUAACAGACGCCUUGCCAACAUCGCCAUCAAUCAAUGCUGCUGUCUGGUGUACACGUCCGGUACGGUAGGCAAUCCGAAGGGUGUCAUGCUCAGCCACGAUAACUUCACCUGGGACUCGUACGCAAUCGGCAAGCGGCUGCACCAGAUACGGUACGCCGAGGAGGUGCUCGUGUCCUUCCUGCCGCUCAGCCACGUCGCCGCCCAGAUGGUGGACAUCUUCCUGACGCUGCAGUUCGCCUGCACCGUGUACUUCGCCGACAAGGAUGCGAUGAAGGGCACGCUGCUCCACACGCUGCAGGAGGCGAAACCGACGCGCAUGCUGGCGGUGCCGCGCGUGUACGAGAAGAUCCAGGAGAAGAUGCUCGCGAUCGGUGCCCAGAGCGGGGCGGCCAAGAAGCUGGUGGCCGGCUGGGCGAAGAGUGUAACGCUGCAGCACCAUCUGGACGCCAUGGAAGGCAAACCGACCAACUCGUGGCAGUACCGUCUGGUGAAAAACUACAUCCUGUCGAAGGUGAAGGAUGCGCUCGGGUUUAGCCGCUGCCUAACGCUGGCAACGGCCGCCGCACCGAUGGACCGGGAGACGAAGAAGUACUUCAUGAGCCUGGAUCUGCCGAUCAUGGAAGCGUUCGGCAUGUCGGAAACGUCCGGUGCGCACUCGCUAACCGCACCCGAUAGCUACAACUUUGACACGAUCGGCAAACCGCUCGGCGGCUGUGAGACGAAAAUCGACAAACCGGACGAGCGAGGGCACGGUGAAAUCUGCAUGCGCGGUCGCCACGUACUGAUGGGCUACAUUGGCGAGGAGGGCAAAACGCGCGAAGCCGUCGACGACGAUGGAUGGAUGCAUUCGGGCGAUGUGGGAUACCUGGACGAGGCAGGCUUCAUGUACAUUACGGGACGCAUCAAGGAACUUAUCAUCACUGCGGGCGGUGAAAACAUCCCGCCGGUGCACGUGGAGAAUCUCGUGAAGAAUGAGCUGCCGUACGUGAGCAAUGCGUUCCUGGUGGGCGAUAAGCGCAAGUUCCUGACCAUGCUGAUCACGCUCAAAACGCAGAUGAACCUCGACAGCGGCGAACCGAAGGACGAACUGACGCCGGAAACGAUCGCCGCGCUGAAGGAGCUCGGCGUGGAGUACGGCAAGCUGAGCGAGAUCCAUGCAGCUGGUCCCUGUCCGAAGGUGCUGAAAGCACUCCAGGAGGGAAUCGAUCGUGCCAACCAGAAAGCCAUCUCGAACGCACAGAAGAUUCAAAAGUUUGCCCUACUGAAGUCUGACUUUUCCGUGCCUGGCGGCGAGCUAGGCCCUACGUUGAAGAUCAAACGUAACGUUGUGGCGGAAAAGAACAAGGACAUUAUUGAAAAGUUCUACGCAUAGAAACAAAGCCCGGCGCUUAAAUUCGGUUUAUCGACUUUUGCGAAACAAGUUGUGCAAUGUAUGCUAAGUUUUCUUUCGUUAUCGGUUUUGUUUUGCGAAGCGUACCGGGGCGUUCGCUUCCGCACACACACGCAACCCUCUCCGAACCGCACCCAGAACCGCACGAGACCAUUCGGUGAGGGGGUGUGCGUGCGCUUAGUGGUUUAGUGGUAACAUGUUUUGCAAAAUGUUUCCUUGCUUCUUUGCAAUUGAUAUCGUUUAAGAGUAUCGUAGAUAGUGUGAAAAACACGGACGGACACACACACACAGAUAUAUAACAAAAUUAUGUAAGCAUUCUGCAUAUUUCUGCGCUGUUUUUUUGUGGCAUUGCGGAAAGCGGAACACGAUGGGACUGGUGCGACACUAUUAGAACGGUAUGGCGGGUGCUAAAAAAGCCACGCUAGCCGCUACACACGCGCGCGCGCGUGUAGCGUGAUUGUUUAGCAUUAACGUUUUAGCCCCAGCGCUAAACAAUAAUUUCCGAUAAGUUUGUUACCACAUUUGUUUUUUUUUGUUUUCUCCUCAUCCCCUACUCGUAAGUUGUUUGGUGAUAUUAUGUAGAGUUGUUUACGCCCGGAGGUGAUGCAAAUCGAGAGUGAACGCAUAGUGCCAGACGCAAUGAGCGAACGAAUGGGCGAACGAAGCGUAGUGGUUGUAGCAGUUGUCCCUACUUUCGUCCCUUGUUGUAAUACUAUUAUGUACAAAGAAGCCGUUCCCGGACGAUGUAUCGCGCGUAAUGUCAAGUUAGGCCCAGUGGUUAGUUUGCGCUCCGAUACGUUCAAUCGAUACAGCGACUGGAGAUGGGAAGGACAAUUGCGCUCAACGCACGGACGGCUUCGCUGUAAAUAGAUGACCUGUUCGUGUAGGCUUUCUUAAUCGUCUAGGGAGCGCCACGAUUCGUACGAAAAGAGGAAUAAAAAUCCCAAACACCGACCGGGUUUGUUUUGUAAGACUAGAAAA